UUUUCGCAAACAACUGAAAAAUUAUUGACGGAUUUUGUCGUCGCGUCCACGCAGUCAUUUUACAUCAGAUUUCUCUUUAACAUUGGGAUCUGCCGGGAAUAUGAUGGCUUUUCUGCGUGUAGCGUUAGGUUUCAUUGCCGCCCUGUGCGUUAACGCUGCUCAGCGCGCAUGGGAGGAAAGCACUGUGAUACCGGUAAGACUCGACUCAUCCGAGGGUGAGGGCGAGCAGUGGCGGACUCUGACAGCAGAGGCUCGAGAGAAGGAAUCAGAGAAACGCUUCUACCAGCUGGAUGUCUUUGGUAAUCGGAUGAUCUUGGAGUUGGAGCCGGACCAAACCUUCUUGGCGCCUGGGUUUGUAUUCCAUCUGGUGGGGAAACCAGAUUUGGAGGUGCAGCCAGAGUUUGACAGUGCAAAGGAAGCGCAAUGCUUCUUCUCUGGGACUGUCAACGGCGAAGCGAAUUCUGCAGCAGCACUCAACUUAUGCCAUGGACUGCAGGGUGGCUUCUAUGUCGGCGGUGAAGAAUAUUUCAUCCAACCCACUAACAAGAGUGGAAAUGGAGAACCGACAGAGGACGACCUCCACAUCAUUCGUCGUAGAGGUCGAGGACAUCUGGGUGAGGAAAGCAGCUCUAAGUGCGGUGUCAAUGAGGAGGAGGAGAGAGUUCCAGAAAAUCAAGAUACAAAUCCAAGCCCAGAGAACGAAACACCUGGUCCAAAAGGACAUCACAGAUCUCGUCGCUUCGUGUCCACACCGCGUUAUGUGGAGAUUAUGCUGGUGGCAGACCAGUCUAUGGUGGAGUUUCAUGGGGCAGGGCUGAAACCCUAUCUACUGACAAUAAUGGCAGUGGCAUCACGCCUGUACCAACACCCGACCAUUCAUAACUCCAUCACACUGGCAGUGGUAAAGCUACUGGUGGUGUAUGAGGAAGAGCAUGGACCUCAGGUAUCUUCCAAUGCCGCCCUCACUCUAAGGAACUUCUGCCAGUGGCAACGGCAACAUAACCCACCAAGUGAUCGUCACCCAGAGCACUACGAUACAGCUGUGCUAUUCACCAGACAGGACCUGUGUGGUGCCCACUCAUGUGACACCCUCGGUAUGGCAGAUGUUGGCACAGCAUGUGAUCCCGAUAGAAGCUGCUCCAUUAUAGAAGACGAUGGACUGCAGGCUGCCUUUACGGUGGCACAUGAGUUGGGUCAUGUUUUCAACAUGCCCCAUGAUGAUGCCAAGCAGUGUGCCAGUGUGAACGGUGACCACUGGAGUUCCCACAUGAUGGCGUCCACCCUGUCCAACCUGAAUCAGCUGCAGCCUUGGUCUCCAUGCAGUGCCCUGAUGAUCACCUCCUUCCUGGAUAAUGGCCAUGGCCAGUGCUUGUUAGACAAGCCCCAGAAACCUCAGCCACUGCCCCAAGCCCUGCCAGGCACCGUGUACGACGCAGACAGACAAUGCCGUCUCACAUUUGGUGAGGAGUCCCAGCACUGUCCUGAUCUGAGCACCACCUGUGCUGCACUUUGGUGUACUGUGACCACUUCGAAUGGCCUCCUUGUAUGCCAAACCAAGAACUUUCCCUGGGCUGAUGGCACUCCUUGUGGUCAUGACAGCUACUGUCUGGCUGGCCAAUGCCUGAGCAAGAGUGAGGCUGCAAAAUUCCAGAUUCCAGUCAAUGGUGGAUGGGGACCCUGGGGACCUUGGGGGGAGUGUUCACGCACCUGUGGAGGAGGUGUGCAGUACUCUUUCAGGGUCUGUGACAAUCCAACACCCAAAAAUGGAGGAAAAUAUUGUGAAGGCAAACGGAUACAGUACCGUUCUUGCAACACUGAAGUCUGCCCUGACACCAAUGGUUUGACAUUCCGUGAGGAGCAGUGUCUGGCACACAAUGACAUCUCCUCUCACAUGUCAUUCGGCUCCAGUGAAGGUGUUGAGUGGGUGCCAAAGUAUGCUGGCGUGUCACCCAAAGACCGUUGCAAACUGGUAUGCCGUGCCAAAGGAACAGGCUAUUUCUUCAUACUUAAACCUAAGGUGGCUGAUGGCACUCCUUGCACCCCAGACUCAACCUCUGUUUGUGUCCAAGGCCAGUGCGUCAAAGCUGGCUGUGACCGUGUCAUUGGCUCCAAUCGCCGAUUUGAUAAGUGUGGUGUGUGCGGAGGAGAUGGGUCUACCUGUAAGAAAGUUUCGGGAUCGAUGGAACGUGCCAGACCUGGAUAUCAGGAUGUGGUUACGAUCCCUGCUGGUGCUACGCACCUGGAUGUCAAGCAGCGUUCCCCUGGUGGCCGCCGCAAUGACAACAGCUACCUGGCUGUCCGUCGGCAAGAUGGUACCUAUUUGUUAAAUGGUGAUUACAAGUUGACCACCCUGGAGACAGAUAUCUCUCUACGAGGGGCACUGUUGCGCUACAGCGGUUCUUCUGCAACCAUGGAGCGAUUGCGUAGCUUUGCCCCAUUGCCAGAGCCUCUGACUAUCCAAGUGCUCUCUGUUGGCGACUCCCCUCGGCCACGUGUCAAGUACAGCUACUUUGCUCCACGUCCUGCUACAGGCUCAAACCGACCAUCCAUCAAUGCCAUUAGAGAGCUGGGGGGUGCGGAGUGGACUCUGAGAGAAUGGGGGCCCUGCUCACAGACCUGCGGUACUGGAACCCAAAAGAGGGAUGUCCUCUGCCUUGAUGGCCAAGGUCGACCCUCAAAAGACUGUCCCGAGGAACUACGUCCUCCCUCCUCGCGUCCAUGUGCCGCAAACCCAUGUCCCACUUGGCUGUUAGGAGAGUGGUCAGCAUGUUCCAAGACCUGUGGACGGGGCUUCCGGAAACGUACACUCCAUUGUGUGUCACAUGAUGGUCACACCUUGCCCAACGAGAGCUGCAAUACCAAAGAUCGGCCUCGACCCCUACUGGACUUGUGCAACCUGAGUGCCUGCUAAAGCUAACAGUUUAGCAUAGAGGCAACCCAGAUGAACUUCUCCUGCUCGCUGUAUCUUGAAGCAGAGCAGGGUUCAGGAUCCAGCAAUCCAGUUCGGGGAUCCCACCCGUGACAGUGACUGCAAUCAACCAUCCCUCCAGCACCAUCUUCCCGCCUAUCCAACACUGGGCAUGGGACACACAGCUGGCACAGCGUGUCCCUGUUACCAUAUCCAAAAUGGAGGAAAGCAUAUGGACACUAUAUGGACACCUCUGCUGCUUUUGGUGCUGAUGCAUGUUAAUACUUUGAGUGUGUGGGUGUGUGUAUGAGUGUGAGUAUGUAUGCAAUAUGUAAGUAUCAUUAUGUCUUCAUGUUUGUAUAGUCUGUCUGAGCUGGACCGGACAGAGGUUUAUAUCACAUAUAUAUGGCAGAUGUAAGAGAGGAUUUAUGGCAUGUUCACAUAGAAGAGAGUAAUAUCUUAAUAUGGGUGGGGUAGGGUGUGUUCAUCUUUUCUAUGCUACCCACAUCCAAAAGAAUAUGGGUUGAUUUUAGAUGGACAAUGUCAAUGGGAUGAAUUAUCAGUUAAGGGAGACCUCAAAUCAACUUAGAAGUUCUCCCACCACAAAUACAAACCUCUCAUUGCUAAGCUGCAGAGCAUAUAUACACUCUCAUUUCUCCUAUUGCCAAAACCUUGCCAGACCACACACGCUGCUAUUCAAACACUGCAAUUGGUGUAAAGAAUUCACCUGAACUUUUCUGCCUACACAGUACAUAAUGUAAAAAUUUUCAAAGCCAUGCUCCAAAAUGAGGGCCAAUGCAGACUGAGGGGGAGAGAGACCAAAGAGCAUGGUUUAUGAACCUUAGGAGAGCGCGAGUGGCCGUAAGUGACCGUGUGUGUGUGUGUGUGU